AUGGGGUCGAGAAAGCCCUCAUCGUCAACCUCUGGAUUUUUCCAAGCUCUUCCCGUUGUACCACAGCAAUAUACGGCCUCCUCGCCGCACGAAUCGUCAGAUGAUCCAGUUUUCUCACGCGCUUUGUCCCUCUACCUUCCCAGCCCGCUGCCAACCCCUCUCGAGAACCAUUUCCAUGACUUUGCACGACUUGUCCUAGAGCCGUCAACCCUACAACACACGGUCGACUGUGAUACUGAUCUGCCAACACUCCACCCAUUGACCACCUUUGGCGAAGAGAACAAAGUAGCUCCUCUCCGUACAAGUGAAGGAUGGCGAGCUCUCAAGCAGAUUCAAACUCGCGCCGGCGUGGUGGGAAAUGGAUAUCCUCAGCCCACCUUGAAGCAAGACUUCAAUCGACGAGUUCAUCAAUUCGGCACCCUACACCUUUGGCACGGUUCGUGCGCGGUGACCACCUGCCCUAUGGCCAUGACUGACGGGGCGGCUGUGCUUUUACGCCGACAUUUCGAUGAUCCGGAUGGAGAUCAACCCGGUCGCGGUGCUGUACUCCGUGAAAGCUAUCGUCGUCUCGUCUCUUUGGAUCCUUCGACCGCCUGGACCAGUGGCCAAUGGAUGACCGAACGCAGCGGUGGAAGUGACGUACGGGGCACCGAGACUGUCGCCCGCCGGAUAACUGCUCAAGAAAUUCAAAAUGAUGUCAACCUCAACCGGGACAAAGACGCACACGGUCUCCCUCUCGGCCCUUGGAUCGUGGACGGGUUCAAAUGGUUCUCCUCUGCAACUGACGCCGACAUGGCCGUUCUUCUGGCACAGACAAGCAAAGGGCUUAGUGCAUUUUAUGCUCCUCUCCGCCGAAGUACAGGUCGGCCGUCAUCUUCCCCAUCGGAAACAAACGGUGUCCGGAUUCAACGCCUCAAAAGUAAACUUGGCACAAAGGGUGUGCCAACCGCCGAGCUCGAGCUCAAGGGAAUGCGCGCCUACCUCGUCGGCCAGGAAGGCCAAGGUAUCAAGGAAAUCAGCUCUAUCUUGAAUAUCACACGACUACACACCGCAAGUGGAAGUGCAGGUGGCUUGGCAAGGGGAUUGGCAGUGAGUCGUGCAUACACGCUCGUCCGAAAAGUAAGAGGCGGCCAACUUUUGCGGGACAACGCGCAGCAUUUGGCCUGGAUGGCCCACGAAAGCGUCAAAUAUCGCGCCAGCGCACACUUUGUCUUCCUUGGUAUUGCACUUUUGGGCGCUACUGAACAGGGCUAUGAGGUUGUGACACAACACACCCGCGGCGCAGCGGUCCUCAUCCCCCACUCGAAGGAGAAACAAGAGAUGCUUCUCCGUCUACUCACUCCCGUGAUGAAAGCGCAGGUCAGCUUGAAUGGUGUCUUGGGCUUGAGAGCCUGUAUGGAGUCGCUCGGUGGGGUGGGUUACUGCGAGAACAACGAAGACGGCGGUGUCAUGAACAUCGCCCGUCUAUUCCGCGACUGUUCGGUGAACACCAUCUGGGAGGGCACGACGAGCGUCAUGGCCGAGGACGUGUUGCGGGUAGUAAAGAACCCAAAGACGCAGACUAGGGACAUCCUCGACGACGUCUUUGGGGACUGGGUGCGGAAUGUGCUGAAUGCGGUUCAAAGCGCCACCCACGAUGGCCGCCAGCAACGAACAGCAGGCGUCUUCGCCCCGGAAUGCGAGAUGACCACGAACCGCUACAACAUACUCCGCGAUCUGGUCCGCUCAAGCGACGCGCUGUCUCUCCAGCGAUGCGGCCGGGACAUUCUGGAUCACAUUGAGGCCGUGGCGUGCGCUUGCCUGCUCAUGUUCGACGCCACCGUCGACGGAGAUGAGAUCGCGACCGAAAUCGCAAAGCGCUGGGUCAGGACGCACGCCUUGCCCGCCGACAAGGUCAAGAUACUACAGAGCGAGAGCAAUAUUACCUCGAGUGACAGGUCCAAGGAGAUCGAGAUGGACAGGAGGAUUUUCCUCGGUUCGGCGGCGGCGACAUCGCCUGAAGCAGCGAUACAAGCCAGACUUUGA